CUGCCCUGGCUUCCUGCGGUCUGUGUCUCUACACUUGCAUAGGCAGCUUUGGCUUGCGCAGGCUGGUGUCGCGAGCCUGCGGGCCGAGGCCGGUGCGUUCGGAUCGGCGCAGGCAGACUCGGCUUUGCAGGCCGGGGAGGCCGAGGGCCCGGCUCACAAGGGCGGCGAGGUCCCGGCCUGGCGCGGCCUCCUAGACCUGACUACAUUAGUCCUUCUACAGAUUUUUCCUACUGCAGCGGAAGAUGAAUACAUCCUUGGGCCCGCUAUCAUUCAAGGAUGUGGCGGUGGCCUUCUCCCAGGAGGAGUGGCAGCAGCUGGACCCCGAGGAGAAGACGACAUACAGGGACGUGAUGCUGGAGACCUACAGCAACCUCGUGUCCGUGGGCUAUCACAUUCUCAAACCGGAUGUUAUCAUCAAGUUGGAACGAGGAGAAGAGCCAUGGAUAGUAGAAGGAGCGCUCUCACCUCAGAGCUACCCAGAUGAGGUCUGGCACGUGAGCAGCCUGAUGGAGGAAGACCAAGGAGAUGCAGAGAGUCAGUCAAGUUCAGCUGUGUUCAGCUGCAAAAGCCCGGCCGAGGCUUCUAGUAACGCCCUUGAUGGAGACACAAAGCCCGUUCACUCAGGGAAGGUCCUCCCUCAGUGCGACUCCUGCGAGAAGACCCUGAUGUGUGUCUCCGCCUUCAUUCGCAGCGACGGAAGCUACGCAAAACUGCAGCCCAAUGUGUGCGCCGGGUGUGGGAAGCCCCUCCCCCACAGGAAGCUUGAGGAAACACAGCCUGGAGACGGGUCUUAUGAGUUUAGUGGAGAUGGAGAUGGGGAUGAGGACACUCUAAGUGAAGACAGCGUUUACCAGAAGGUUCACUUUUUGGAGAAGCCCUUUGAAUAUGUUGAGUGCCAGAAAUCCUUCCCGAAGGGCACCAUGUUUCUUAAUCACCUAGAAGAGGAGCCCUGCGACUGGAAUGGAUCUGAAGUAGCUUUUCUGGAGACGUCAGACCUCAGUGCCCACCAGGAUUCUCUCAUGGAAAUGAAGCCCUACGAGUGCCAGCAGUGUGGGAAGUCCUUCUGCAAGAGGUCAAAGUUUGUUAUCCACCAGAGAACUCACACAGGAGAGAAACCCUUCAAGUGUGGCCAGUGCGGCAAGUCCUUCUGCCAGAAGGGGACCCUCACCGUCCACCAGAGGACCCACUCGGGGGAGAAGCCCUACAAGUGCACGGAGUGCGGGAAGACCUUCUACCAGAAGCUACACCUCAUUCAGCACCAGAGAACCCACUCAGGCGAGAAGCCCUACAAGUGUGGCUACUGUGGCAAAUCCUUCUGCCAGAAGACACACCUCACCCAGCACCAGAGGACACACUCAGGGGAGAGGCCCUACGUUUGUCACGACUGUGGCAAGACGUUCUCUCAGAAGUCAGCACUCAACGACCACCAGAAGAUCCACACGGGCGUCAAACUCUACAAGUGCAGCGAGUGUGGGAAGUGCUUCUGCCGCAAGUCCACGCUUACAACGCACAUGAGGACGCACACGGGCGAGAAGCCGUACGAGUGUAACGAGUGCGGGAAGUUCUUCUCCAGAUUGUCGUACCUCACUGUGCAUUACCGAACCCACUCCGGGGAGAAGCCCUACGAGUGUGCGGAGUGCGGAAAGACCUUUUACCUGAACUCAGCCCUCAUGAGACACCAGAGGGUGCACACGGGGGAGAAGCCUUAUGAGUGUAACGAGUGUGGGAAAUUAUUCUCCCAGUUGUCCUACCUCACCGUCCAUCACAGAACCCAUUCGGGAGUGAAGCCCUAUGAGUGUAGCGAGUGUGGGAAGACCUUCUACCAGAAUUCAGCCCUCUGUAGACACCGGAGAAUUCACAGAGGGGAGAAACCCUAUGAAUGUUACAUAUGCGGCAAGUUUUUCUCUCAGAUGUCCUACCUCACGAUCCAUCACAGAAUCCAUUCAGGAGAGAAACCCUAUGAGUGCAGCGAGUGCGGGAAGACCUUCUGCCAGAAUUCAGCCCUUAACAGACAUCAGCGCACACACACGGGAGAGAAGGCCUACGAGUGUUACGAGUGUGGGAAGUGCUUCUCCCAGAUGUCCUAUCUCACGAUCCAUCACAGGAUCCAUUCGGGAGAGAAGCCCUUCGAAUGUACCGAGUGCGGGAAAGCCUUCUCUCGGAUGUCCUACCUCACUGUGCAUUACAGAACCCACUCAGGAGAGAAACCGUACGAGUGUACCGAGUGUGGGAAGAAGUUCUACCACAAGUCAGCAUUCAAUAGCCAUCAGAGAACUCAUAGGAGAGAGAACGGGAACGGGGUUGACGUGGGAAGGCUCCUUUAGAGCCAGACUCGAGACGACCUUCUCAGUCAACUAGAAACUCCUGUCUGCAGUUGAGCCCUGAUAUGCAAUUGACCCUCAGUACCCAUAGGUCCCAUCUCCGAAGAGUCAACCCUCUGAAACUACAUAGGAAGAAGGCUUUCUCUGUGCUGAAUAUGUACAGGUUAUUUUUUUUCUCUUUCUUCCCUAAGUAGUACACUAUAACAGCUCUUUAUAUUGCGUUUAUAUGGUAUUAAACAUUAUAGAUAAUCUAGAGGUGAGUUAAAGUACGUGGGAGGAUUUUUGUAGGGUGUACGCAAUUACGAUGUCAUCUUACAUAGGGACUUAAUCUGCAGACUUUGGUAUCCAGGUGGUCUCAGAACAACACCCCCACAUACCAAAGGAUACCUCAGUCAGAGAGCUCACACAAAGGAGCAUGAAGAAGUCUGUGAGAUAAUUUAUCAGAAACUCACAGGGCAGGAACCACAGUUGUGAAAAGAGCACUAGGCAGGCCAUACAGGAGUCGGAAGAGAUAAAUAUGUUCAGCAUAACUUCAGACUGCUUAUCAGGGCGCUCACUCAGCGGAAGGAACGUGGGAAGCACAAGUCUUUGGCAACUUCUAAUACUAAAGGACAUUGAAUAAAAAGAAAAAGAAAAGGGGCUGGAGAGAUGGCUCAGUGGUUGAGAGCACUGACUGCUAUUCCAGAGGUCCUGAGUUCAAUUCCCAGCAACCACGUGGUGGCUCAUAUCCAUCUGUAAUGGGAUCCUUCUUCUGGUGUGUCUGAAGACAGCUACAGUGUACUCAUAUACAUAACAUAAAUAAAUUUAAAAAAUAAAAAAUACUCUGCUAGAUAUACGUACACUCUAUAAUAACUAUGGAAUGUAAAAUUGCCAGUCUGGUUAGCCAAGUUUGCCACACUAAACUGGUUUAUGAUUCCUUAGGGACACAGGCCUUGGGGUUUCUUGUUUCUGUUUCAGUAACCAUCACAGAAAUCUCAUGUUCAGUUUUAAUCCAGCUUGGAAACAUAUUGUGUCAUUACUUUGUAAUAUAUGGGGAGAUUACCCAUUCGCAGGAAGCCCCCCACCCUGUCGCUCCCCACCCUGUCACUCCCCACCCUGUUACUCCCCACCCUGUCACUAUCCUCAUAUGCUCUGCCCCUGAGCAGUCUUUGGCGGUUAGGAACUGAGCUUUUUCUUCCUAGAGUUUUCAGAUGCAUUUGGUCAUCGUCACAGGAUUCUGUCCUCUGUAAAGAAGCCAGUUUCCUCCCCGCCCCCAACUAUAGCAAACACAGAAAUAUAUCUAUAAAAUAGAAAACUCUGCAUAGAUCAUUUUAAACUAGGCCAGAAGUCUGUAGAGGUGGGAAGUAGACUCAGCACUCACCAUACUCUGUACAACUGCGAGCUCUGCUUAGGGUAUUGUCAUUUCUGUGUACCCUUCACUCACCCGCUUCACACGGACGCUUAUACGCGCGUGGGGCACAGUGGCUGGCUAGCACGUGCUGUGGUUAUAAACUCGAUCUGCUCUCCUGUCCCUCGGAAGUGAGAACACACAGGAACGGGGCAGAUCUCACCCAGUGCCUUCUGCCGCUCCCUGCUUGGCUUUCACAAGUCGCCCGAGUGCAUUCUUCCUUGGAGGGUGGGACGUAACUCCUGGGAAGUUUGCAUGGCUGGGGAUGACCCUUUCUCGGAACCUUGGACCCAAGUCCAGAGAGUCAGAAAAGAUAUCAAAGAUCAUUUCUUGGAAGGGCCAAGCAGCAGAACCUUCGUAGACAUCACCUUGUCUGGAUGCAGUGUCUGAUAAUGACUGCCAACUGUGUGUACCGUGUAGUCAUGACUACAGGAAGUAGAGUAACAUGGACCUGAAUGAUGUCACAGAGCCAGUGAACCAACGUGACCUGUAGCCACUCCGUGUCUGGACUGUGAGUUUUGUUUUUCUAAGAGACUGUUUCUAAACCAGGUGACUUAGGAACAUUCUGUUAAUACCAGCCUACCUGGUACCACAUUACACUUUGUAGGAGUUAACGCAAUUUAGAAGCGGACUUUAGGUUAAAUCAUUUAUUUUGAUGUAUCAAUAGAGAUUUAUUAUCUGUAAAUUUGUAUGUAAAUAAUCUGAGCAUUGAAAAUGAACUUGAAACAAAUGUGUAUGCUUCCUUGA